GAGGGGAAGACGGUGGAAAAUGACCGCGGGGAGGCUCUCAUCUGGGGCUGGAAUCAGACGAUAUCACAAUGAAACACGUCUUCAUUUGAUAAAAACAACACCCUCGUCUGCUGUGAGCGUCCGCCGACCUGCCCCGGAGGGAACCUGCUGACGCUGGAGGUUUCACGGGCUUUGAUUCCUCGUGUUUGCGUCGGAGCCAGGGACACACCGAUAACCGUUAGUUGUCCUCACCCGCAGCCAGAAUGCCGCGGGACAACAAAACUCCUCUGAUCCAAAAGAUAGCGAAGCAGGCCUGCAUCACCUACAGGGGACUCAAGUCUUCGGUCGACGUGGCGGACACACAGAGCGAGCUCAUCUCGCUGGUGACUGCGGUGCGGGCGGCGGACCUGAAAAUCGCUCCCCGGGAAGGCAAGCCCAGCUCCGGGGCGGCGGGGCUCCAGAGCCCCCCGGUCACCUACAUGCACAUCUGCGAGACGGACGUGUUCAGCAUGGGGGUGUUCCUGCUGAGGCCUGGCGCCUCCAUACCGCUGCACGACCACCCGGACAUGAACGGGAUGCUCAAGGUUCUCUACGGGAAGGUGAGCGUCCGCUGCUUCGAUAAACUGGAGGAUAACUUGACUGUCAGCUCCGUCCCACCUCAUUUUGAUCCACCACUGGCCCCGCUUCAGACGGCUUCCCUUUGGCGCUCCACCCUGCGAUCAGUCGCCGAGUACUCAGAGAACAGCGGGCCGUGCCUCCUCACUCCUCUGAGGGAUAACCUCCACCAGAUCGAUGCAGUGGAAGGGCCGGCUGCUUUCCUGGAUAUCCUGGCACCGCCGUACAAUCCAGAUGACGGGCGGGACUGUCACUAUUACAAAAUCCUGCAAACUGUGUUAGACAGGGAAAUGGAUGGCAAGAUAAACGAGGCGCAGCAGGGAGAGGAUAAGGAGAAAGAAGAGGAGACAUGGCUACUUGAAGUCCCUCAGCCAGACGACUUCUGGUGUGGUGGGGAGCCCUAUCCAGGCCCUGUGGUUUCUAUCUGAGUGAUCAGUGCAGCCUAUUGCAGUCAGAAUGUUGUGAUGUUCGUCCAUCCGCAACUGUGAGCUGUGUUUAACCCCCUUCCACAAAAAGGUCAAACAUGAGGGUCACUCUUACCUGGAACUCAAAGAGCAUGAGUGCCUUGCUAAAGGAUGCUAGAGCAGGGCAGAGGCUUACAGACACAGGAGCUGUGAACUUUGACACCCCUACUAGAAGAGGGACCGCUGGACCUUCCAUCACAAACUUAAAAUUACCUUGUUGGUACUGCUACAAGUUUUGACAGCAGAAAUCCACUUUCCGAAAGAAUGAAUGUCAGUGUGACGUCCUGUCAGUGGGGGGGGUGUCACCAGAGUCUCUGAUUUGUGUCCUCACACAUAAUGUCUGUCUGUACUGCAGAGGACUGCCACAUUGUGUCUUAAUACCAAAGCCUGUAACUCCAGUCACCUGCCUUAUUUGUGAAUACUGAAUGUAUGCUUCUUUAUUGCCGUUUUUAUUGUACACACUAAUUUCUUCUUCCAAAGUGCACACAUCAUAUAUAUAUAUAUUAAAUAUAUAUAUACUUUAGCUCUAUUUUAUAUGUGCUUAAUUUAUUCCACAUGACAUAGUUCCUAUACAGGUCUGGACAGUUACGGGAACAAGCUGAUGUUCAGCUCAUUCUACAGAUCUGGUCAUGCGUUGUCAUUUCGGCUCAUGUAAUUGAGACCAGUGAUAUGACGUAUGUGAUUCAUCACAUUAAAGACAGAGUGAAAUCUUUCAAUCCAGUCUAAAAGUAAAGUUUUACAUUUUACAAAAGGAGGCUGUGUUAGGGAACAUGAAAAUGUUCAUGGUGUAAAGCAACAGACAUCUUCACUACCUUUUACAUGUAGAUUGAUUAACAUUACAUCUGUCCUGUCUGUAUGUUACCUAACUGUAGUUACACUCUUCUGCCCUUUGUUAGACUCGGGUCUAAGUGCCAGUUUAUCCAUGAUUCUCUUACUUUGAUGAAUGUAUGUGCAACAAUAAAGUAGAUGAAAAAUU